CGAUUAUCGCGUACCUUCCAUAUUACAUAAUUCAUGCUCUCCGUUUUGCGGAUUCGAAACAUUUCCGCGCCCAAUUCAGCAUGCUCGGCGCUGCGGCGUGCGUACACAACACCGGCGCCAAAGUGGAACACAACGAUCGGGCUUGAGCUCCACGUGCAGCUAUCGGCCAAGCAGAAGCUGUUCUCUCCGGCCAGCGCCAAGUGGGACGACCCAGCCAACUCCAACAUUGACUUGCCCGGGCGAUUCCUGGCGCUGGACGGCACGGUCCAGCCCACAUCGGCAUUCGACCGCAAGCACUAUUUCUACGCCGAUCAGCCGCUCGGCUACCAGAUUACCCAGAGCGCACGCCCAAUUGGGCGCGGCGGCCAGAUCGAGCUCGGAUCUGCGGACGGCCUGUCGUACACGCGGCGGGUGCGCAUCCACCAGCUACAAUUGGAGCAAGACACGGCCAAAAGCAUCCACAAUGUUUAUCCAGGCUAUGUGCUGUCGGAUCUGAACCGAGCUGGCGUCGCAUUGGUGGAGAUUGUGAGCGAGGCAGAUAUGUGCACGGCGGAUGAGGCUGCGCAUUAUGUACGGCGUAUGCAGACGCUGCUGAGGCAUAUUGGCGUGUCAAACUGCAACAUGGAGGAGGGCUCGCUGCGCUGCGAUGUCAACGUAUCGGUGUUCCGGGACGGCGACGACCCGCUCUCGGGCACGCGCUGCGAGCUGAAGAACCUUAAUAGCCUGAAGGUCAUUCGGGGCGCAAUCGAAGCCGAGUCGGCGCGGCAAAUCGCGGUGAUCGAGAGCGGCCAGACGGUGGGCCAGGAGACCCGCGGGUACGAUGCACGCACCAACACAACAUUCCUGCAGAGAUCAAAGGAGACUGCCCCAGACUACCGGUACAUGCCCGAGCCUGACAUCCCACCUGUAAGGGUCACCGAAGCGUGGGUUGAUGCUGUGCGCAACGCGAUGCCAGAGCUGCCGGACCGGCUGCUUGCGCGUGUCACAGAGCACUACGGGCUGUUGCGGGAUGAGGUCGAGACAAUGAUGGGUGAGCCCGGGUGCAUUGCGCUCUUUGAAGCCGUGAUGGCCACUGGCAAGCACGACGCAAAGCGUGUUGCAUCCUGGAUUACCUCGGAGAUCUUUGGUCAACUCGCAUACCGUAACCAGAAACUGGCCGAUAGCCAGCUGACGCCGCAGCUCUUGGACGACAUCUUGGAUGCGCUUGCCAACAGCCAAGUCACAUCAGCUCAGGCCAAGCAGCUGCUAAUUGAGCUCAUGGACGGAGAUAAGCGCAAGGUGGGUGAGCUGAUCGAGGCGCACGGCUGGCGGGUCAUGGACGACCAGUCAGAAUUGCGCAACAUCAUCGCCGUACUGCUGGAGAAGCACCCGAAUGAAAUCGCGGAUUACCGUGCUGGCAACAAGCGGAGAAUGAACUUUUUCGUGGGCAAGGUCAUGGGGGCAACCAAGGGCCAGGCCAAACCGCAGGAUUUUCUUGAUUCCAAACCUGAAUAGAAUAGCAUUAUUGGCGUAUUAUGUGCCCAUCCCCUUUUAGAACUAUAUACACGGCGCCAGCACACAUGGCUC